CUACUUUGUCUUGACUCAAGUCUUUCACUAGGAAAGAUAGAACCCAAAAAAAAAAAACAGAGAAAAUGAGAGGAGGAAUCGAUGAAGCUAAUCUUGCUUCUGAAACUUCACUAAUCAGCAAAGAAAAUCAAGACUCAUCGGCGACAACAACAGCUACUCUCUUGCUCACCACUUUUGUAGCUGUGUCUGGUUCCUUUGUCUUUGGCUCAGCUAUAGGAUACUCAUCACCUGUUCAGUCCGAUUUAACCAAGGACUUGAAUCUCUCUUUGGCAGAGUAUUCGCUUUUCGGUUCGAUUCUGACAAUUGGAGCAAUGAUCGGCGCAGCUAUGAGUGGACGAAUCGCUGAUUUGUUAGGCAGACGAGCUACUAUGGGUUUCUCGGAGAUGUUUUGCAUUCUCGGCUGGUUAGCGAUCUACCUUUCUAAGGUUGCAGUUUGGCUUGACGUUGGGAGAUUCUUGGUUGGUUAUGGAAUGGGCGUCCUUUCGUUUGUGGUUCCUGUAUACAUAGCUGAAAUCACUCCUAAGGAUCUUCGUGGUGGGUUUACAACUGUUCAUCAGGCUGGCGAAUUUUAGCUUUGAUCGGUAAUAUACAAGAACAUACUUU